AUGACUGGAUCAACCGGAACCAAAGAGAAACUUUAUAAUGCAUAUGGCGUUCCUGGUGGAAAGUACGAUGCUGGUGAGGAUGGUGGUCCUUGUGGCACUUCACAGUUAUAUGUACAUGGUGUCUUUGGUGGUGGUGGACAUUCAACGACAGCUGGUGAUGGCGGUGGAGGUGAUGGUUGCGGUGGUGGCGGUGACGGUGACGGCGACGGCGACGGCGGUGGUGGACAGUCUAUCACUGGCGGAGGUGGAGGUGGCAACGGUUGGCAUGGGUUCUCGCACUCAACGCACAUUGUGCAUGGAACUAUGUCUUUUGCCACCGUUGAAGUGGCUUGGGUGACGGCUGAAACAGUAGCGCAUAGUGUUGAUACAAGCAAGAGAAUCAACGAGGAAGACAUCAAAGGCAAUGAAUAA